AUGGCAAAGGAGAAGAAGAGGGCUCUGCUCGAGCUCCUUCAUCGAGACGGCAAGCAGCUGUGCACAGACUUCGGGGCACCUGAUCCCGACUGGGCCUCCUAUACCCUUGGAGUGUUCAUUUGCCUGAGCUGCUCAGGAAUACACCACAACAUCCACAAUGUCAGCAAAGUGAAGUCGGUCCAUUUGGAUGCUUGGGAUGAAUCACAGAUAGAGUUUGUGGCCUGCAAUGGAAAUCACACAGGAAGGGCCAAGUAUGAAUUGAAAAUGCCAUCUUUUUACUACAAGCCAACGUUUUCCGACUGUCAACUCCUCCAAGAACAGUGGAUCUGAGCCAAGUAUGAAAGGAAGGAAUUCAUUUACGUGGAGAAGCAAGAGCCCUAUUCUGCGGGAUACCGAGAAGGAUUUCUUUGGAAGCGAGGUCAGGACAACGGGCAGUUCUUAAGCAGGAAUUUUGUAUUGACUGAACGAGAAGGAGCGCUGAAAUAUUUCAACAAAAAUGACGCAAAGGAGCCCAAAGCAAUUAUGAAGAUGGAACAUUUAAAUGCCACCUUCCAGCCAGCCAAAAUUGGGAAUCCUCAUGGACUCCAGAUCACUUACUUGAAGGAUAACAGCACCAGGAAUAUUUUUGUGUAUCAUGAAGAAGGCAAGGAAAUUGUGGAUUGGUUCAAUGCCAUCCGAGCAGCCCAAUUUCAUUACUUACAAGUGGCAUUUCCUGGGGCCAGCGAUAUUGAUCUUGUGCCAAAGCUGUCCAGAAACUACCUGAAGGAAGGCUACAUGGAGAAAACCAGACCAAAGCAAACUGAAGGCUUCAAGAAACGCUGGUUCACCAUGGAUGACAGGCGGCUCAUGUAUUUCAAAGACCCUCUGGACGCCUUUGCCAGAGGGGAGGUUUUCAUUGGCAGCAAGGAGAACAGCUACACGGUUCUGGAGGGUCUUCCCCCUUCCACCCAGGGCCACCACUGGCAACACGGCAUCACCAUCGUCACCCCCGACCAAAAGUUCCUCUUUGCCUGUGAGACAGAAGGGGACCAGCAGGAAUGGAUCACAGCCUUUCAGAAAGUGAUUAACAGGCCAAUGCUGCCUCAAGAGUAUGCAGUGGAAGCCCAUUUCAAACAUAAACCUUAAAGAGAGAUUGACUUUGAGGGAUCCAAGGACACAAGAUUCUGUUUACAGAACGACCUGGUUUUAUUUGACGUGUAAAAAGCAAAGAGGAAAAAAAAAAAAGACAAGCAUCCACCUAGUCGUGUUGGCCGCCAACAUGGGAGUGGGCUGGUGGUGAAGGCAGAAGCCAGAAGACUGACAAAAGAAAAUGGAGCAACGUCUUGUCCCUGGAAUAUCUCCCCUGUUGCCAUGGGGCCUGAUUUUUUGCGAGCAUCCGCUGUUUCCAGUGGCUACGUUUUCACUCACAACCAUUGUGUAUGCCUCACUACAUUAGAAAAGGGAGCCUGGCUGCCGGCCUC